AUGUCGCAAAAACCGCGAAAGCUUCAGCGCGUCUCCAAGGCCUGCGACUUCUGCAAUAGGCGCAGUAUCAAAUGCAGCAGAAGUGAAGACUCGCUAGGUCGGUGUCAGAACUGCGCUGAUUUUGACGUGCCCUGUACCUUUGAUCGCCCCGCCAAACGUCGCGGCGUCAAGGCCGGCGCCAGAGCCAAUGCCCGGGAUGGACCAUUUAUGACUCCAUCUGCCGACCCAGUGACAUCUACAGUACCUGUACCCCCGGCCGCGGGGCGGCCUUCGGGCUCCUCGGCGUCCAGGAGCUCGCAUUACCCCGAUUCCGCCCCGCGUUACUCCAUCACGGGCGAUCCCUGGGCCAGCCUGAACCCCAACUGGUCCAUCAUCGAGAAGGGCGAUGAUUAUGGGACAUUACCCACUUCCUGGAAAGCUUUUGCCAUUGCGAGUGAUCGGCAGAUUAAGAAUUUGGUCCAGGUAUACUUCGAAAUCGUCUAUCCAAUAUUCCCCUUGUUUCACAAGCCUUCAUUCAUCGAGAGGGUUCAUAAUCAGGAGCAUCUCCGAAAUCAAGGCCUAUUUGCAUCAACAAUGGCCGCCUGCGCCUUGGUCUCUGGCCGCGCUCGGGACGGAGCACUGUAUAGCAAUCGGUGGCAUCGAGAUGAGCUUGCCGAGCCCCCUUCAGAAGCAUUUUAUGCCGCAGCUAAAGAUUCCAUUCCUCGAGACCUUACUGCGGCAAAGGGCAUGAAUUAUAUGCGCGCGUGUGCCAUUCUCGCAAUUGCCAGCAUUCAAAAUGGUCAGAUCAAGAACAUGCAGAAAUACUCGGGCAUGUAUCACACUCUGACCACUAUGGAGGGCCUUCACGAUGAGAAGCUCUGGCCAAAAGACCUGAGUUCUAUUGAGACGGAGGAACGACGAAGACUCUUCUGGUCGAUUUACACCUUGGAUAUCUAUUCGACCAUUGUCUGGGGAGGUGUGAUUCGAUACCGCGAAGCUCAUUCCUUGGUUCGAUACCCGACCGAAGUCGACGACGAGCUCAUCACAGAGCACGGCUACAGCGUGCCCCCGGUAACUCCCGAAUCAGGAACGCUUAGCCAAAGUGAUGCUUCUGUUGUCUCGCGAGUGACCUGGCUUCGCGGCUGGAACUUCACCACAGACCUCUACCGCAUUCUUGAACACGUGGUGGAUGGCAACCGACGUCGCUUCUCUUCUGCCAACGGGACUACCCAAUUCUGGUCUCUGUUUACCCCGGCGUCCAUGUCGGAACCGGUGGUUAUGGAACGGGUUCUGUCUAUGUAUGCCGCGCUGCCGUCGCAGUUCCGGGAGACACCGCCCACCACAGGCGACCUCUCGAAGGACCUGUUUGGGUUCCAGUCUGCCAAUAUCCAGGCAACGCUGCAGCUUCUCCGCAUGGUUCUGUUGUCGGCAGAGGAGAUUGGGGUCGAGCGGAAGUGUGACGUUGCGGGAGAGCUCCUCAGCGUGUUCUCGAAAGUCCCAGUGGAAUAUCUGAAAGCGAUCAGCUCUCCUCUGUUGCACCAUCUUGGAGGCAUUGGCUACAUCCUCGGUUCGGUCAUGGAGGGCAACUUGUCCGAAGCAUCCUAUCAACGGGUGCGCACAUUACUUCUCGAAAUGGCCGAUCUUCUCCACCGUCUGGAAACCGGUCUCCAUCGUGCCGCUGGCGCCAGUGAACGACUCCGGUCGCAGGUAGACCGGAUCGAUGGGUACAUGCGCACCUCGCGGCUCCUCAAUCUCACUGCCCCCCCUCCACCUCCUAAUAGCACUGCGGCGCCCGUCGAUGCCAAACCUGCGCCUGCAAUCCCCGCCACGGCGUAUGCCCCCACCGGCCCGGCGCCUCCUGUUGGGACUGCGCCUGGGAUUGGGGGCCAGAUCAUGCAGUUCCAGCUGCCGCCGGAGCUCUUGACCGAUUGGCCAUGGCCCUUAGAUGCUUCGCAUUCUGAGGGGUUUUUGCCUCUGGCGUUUGAAUAG